UCUGGGUCCCCUCCAAAAAGAAUCUUCUUUCUCUCUCUUCUCUCCCUGCGGAUGAGAUUGAGGAGAGAAGGUAAUUAGAGAGAGGAGAGGAGGGAGCAACCACCAAGCUGCAGCACAUCAGCGUCAAUUAACAGAAUUCCAGUGAAGUGGACGCGAAGAAAUGAACUAGAAGAUAAUAAUUUUGUUUACUGUUCAUUCAUUAAUUAGCUCCUCCGGCUAACGACCGCUGGCUCCCCUCUUUCUUAUUCUGCCACAUAAAUAACAACCUCCCUCCUCCUUUUCUGUCUCAUUAUACAUUCCAAGACCAAGAGAGCAGAAGAAGAAGAAGAACAAGAACGCCGCGCCGCCACAAUUCACCGGAGGAAGAACGAUGACGAACAUGGGCGACAAAAGAGAGGAGGGGGUGGUGGUGGUUGGACGUGCGGAGAUCGAUACCAGGCCGCCUUUCCGGUCAGUCAAAGAGGCCGUUCUGCUGUUUGGCGAACGGGUAUUGGCCGGAGAAAUCUAUGCCCACAAGCUCAAAGAGAUGCAAACGAGAGCAAGUGAAAAUGGAGAAUACCAGUCACGAUUCGGAGCUGUAUCAGUCGAGCUCGAAGAGACGAAACAAAGUCUUGAGAAAGCGAAAGAGGAAGGCCAUCUCAUGUCCUACUGCCUCAAAUCUCUGAAGCAGGAGCUCGAGCAAACGAAGAGAGAGUUGCAGCAGUUGAAGAAGACGAGAGAAUUCCACAAACAGCCGGUGGAUCCCGAGAUCGAAGAGCUCAAGUUCGUUGAGAACGCCAGCAGAUCAGUUGAAUUAGUCAAGCAUCAAGCUGAAGUAGAAGAAGGAGAAGAGGUAGAUGGAUUGGAGUACUUUGAGAAGAAAAGGUCUGUCAAGUUUGCCAGUCCGCCUUCUCUGGCUAAAAUCAUUACCGCCGACGUUCAGCCGCCGGCGACUGCUCCGCCUUCGAAGAAGAAGAUGAAGAGGAAGCCUCUCAUCCCUUUGCUUGGAGGGCUGUUUUCGAAGAAGAAAGGAAGCCAGGAUGAAUGCCACUCUCCCAGAGGCUGAAGAUAAUUGAUUAAUUAAUUACGUACUAAAGCAGCUUAAUUAAUUUCGUGUUCAUGCAUUUGCAUUUUCUUAUCUUUGGCUUUCAUUUUGACCAAUUCUUUUCUCUUCUUGUGAAGCAGUACCCAGUCAUGAUGAUUCUAUUGGACUUGAUCUCUAGAGUUGAGAAGAUCGAUAUUAAUUACUUGAAAUUAUUCUAGUUUGAGGGUGCAAUAAAUACAUAUAUAAU